AUGUCUGAUAUAAGUGCUUCGGAAUAUAUCGAGCAGCAAAAUGCCUUGGAAGAUGAGGCCCGUGAACUGAUGCCAUGGAGUCCAAGUAAAUGCACAUAUGUCGAUGGCGGCCUACGACAACCCGUAUUCGCAUGUUUAGAUUGUGGAGAAAUUGGUGUUUGCUACUCUUGCUCGAUUCAAUGCCAUGCAGAAUGCGAGUUAAUCGAGUUAUUCACCAAGAGAGGGUUUACCUGCGACUGUGGAACUGAGAGACAAACGACCAAAAAGAGCUCUAAUAGCGAUUAUUGGUGCCAAUUGCGCAAAAAUACCACGCAAGAUAUCCCCAGCGCGUCAAAUACGUACGGUCCCAACUUCAAAGGGUAUUUCUGCGACUGUCACAAGCAGUACGAUCCGGAAACUGAUUCUACAAUGAUCCAGUGUGCGCUGGGCUUGGAAUGCAACGAGGACUGGUACCAUUGUUCCUGCAUAUUGAAAACUCGAGGACCUAAAGAUGAUGAAGAAAAAAUACAACUGGAUCCAACGGACCAGACACCGAUCGCAUUUCCAAAACUGGAAUCCUUCGAAGCUUUUAUUUGCUGGAAAUGUGUGUCGCGCUAUGAAUCUGUGUUUCGAGACUUGCUGGCUCACCCAAAGUCGGAAGAUUUGAUAGCUCAUAAGGUUCCCCACCAGGGUCCUAAAACUGUACCCGGUGAGGUCAAAUCUGAGGUCGAUACUUCCGAAAGUGAAAACCUACGGAAAAGAAAGAUCGAUGACAGUGAAGAAAGUGAGUUACUCUCUGUGAUGCUUUUACCGGGUUACAAGAAUGUCUUGCAGAAUUUGCGAACCGAACUAGAAGAGUCGAGCAAACUUUAUGUUUUCUUGUCGGAUAUCGCACCUUUCUUGACGGAAGAGGACCCUACUUACGAGCCUCCAAAUGACUCUGAUGAUGAUACCUCCACAUUUGAGCUGGGAACGCAGGCGUUGUGCUCAACUGUGGAUAAAGACAUUGCCGCAGCCGGCUUGAAGGCGAUGGAUGGUAUCAAACAGAAACUGAGCGAAUUCUUGCGGCCCUUUGCAGAAUCAAAACAAGUGGUAAGGGAGGAGGAUAUUCGCAAUUUCUUCAAAUUACAAAAAGAGGAAGACAGACAGUAA